AUGGUUCUCAACGUCACGUCAAUGCUGGAACGCUUGCAAGUUCAAGCCGUGUCCGACCAGCACUACCUCGAGGAGUGCUUGGAUGUGUUCGGAGCGGGCGCCGACGAAGAGAACAAUACCACCACGUACAAUAAUCCUGUAAUAGGCAAGGUUCUCGAGGAGAGUGACAUUGACGGCUUUCGGACCUUAACAAACUUCACGCCUGCCGAAUUCGACACUGUAUGGUGUAUCGUUGAAGGCCCGCUCGUCGUCCGCUGGAUGGAUGGUCGGGGUCGCAAACCCACGACAACGGCAAAAGACGUCCUGUUCAUGACCUUGGUCAUCAUGAAGCACUACCAGACCUCGGAGAAACAUGGUGUCGACUUUGGAAUAAAAGCGCCAACGCUGGAGAAGACGAUUAUGCGUGUUAUCGACAUUGCCUCUCCUGUCCUCUACGAUGCUUUUGUCACCAUGCCGUCCAUGGCGUUCUUCCGAGACCAAGGCUCCACCUUCGCAAACUUCCCAUACGCCAAGUACGCCACUGACGUGAGAUCUCAGCCCUCCCACCGCCCUUCGGGUCGCCUUGGCGAACAAAAGUACUACUUCAGCGGAAAGCAUAAACUCUACGGGCUUAAAAUUGAAGCAUCAGUAUCACCUCAAGGGUCCGUCGCCGACAUGACGAUGUUCCGUAACCGUCACGAUGUCCACGUGGAAGCCUUGACCAAGAAGCCUGACGAAGUCAUGGUAAAUGACAAUCGUUUUUGA